UUCCUAUUUCAGUGCCUUGGGAAGAAUGAUCAAGAUAUGUUGCUCACAAAAUAGGCACGAUUAUCUCCAGGAAAACACAUUCCCCAUUGAAAACUCUAGAAGGCAACAGCUAAAAAAUGAUCGUGCUCAGAACCAUCCUGUAUAAAACAGCGCGGGGUCUUGUGGCUCUACUAAUUAUCUUCCACACAUGGACGCAAUGUUCCUCCAGAUCAGACGUGCGUGAGGUCUGGGCCACAGUUAAAGGCUUUAUAACCAUCACCUGCAUCUAUGACACAUAUCAAUACAAGAACUUGGGAAGCAGCUGGUGCCGGCAGAUAUCAGCAAUAGAAUGUGAGAACAUUGUUCAGACAAUGGGAUUCAAACCGAGCAUUUAUAAGGAACGAGUCAAUGUCUCACAAACUAUGGAUCAUUUUGGAACGGUUAAUGUAACAAUAUUUAACCUACAACCAUGGGACUCUGGUUUAUACCAUUGGAGAGUCUGGAAUGGAAGCGACUAUGAGAUUAUACAGACUGUACUGCUCCAAGUAAUUAAUGGUUUGCCACCCAAUAUUCGUGUUGCUAGAUUUAAACUUCAUGAAAUUACAGAAUUACAUUGUGAAUAUGCGUUGAACAUCAAGAACUCCAAAGUCUGGUAUAAGAAGAUUAAUGAAAAGAGAUCUUCAUGGGUGGCCCAUUCAAGUGGAAACAAAGGCACAGAUUAUAAAUCAAGAGUUUCAGUCAUCAAUGAUGAACAGAAGAAGAGACUGACAGUUCAAUUCCAACAGGUGGAACUCUGGGAUAGUGGUAUCUACCAGUGCUCAGCUAGUAACAGCAUACUGACUGAAAUCUUACUGAUAGUGACCAUGGAUAAUGAAAGCAAACCUCUCAGUCCAACUGAUGGCAUAACCCAGUCCAGUGAUCUGAACACCUAUUAUCCUUCGAUGUUUCACCAAUCCAGUACUCUGAAUAACAGCUAUGCGACACAACAGCCUCCGAGUCGUCACAGGCACAAACCAUGGAAUAUCAUGCGGUGGAUCCUUUUUCUAAGUAUGGUGUUGUGCGUUGUCAUCUUCAGCCACUAUAAGAGGUCAUCUGAAGACAUCUCGGGUGUAUGGCAAAUCUACAACCGGUCAAGAUCCCAGAUUCGGAACACAAGCAAAGUCUAAAUCUCUAUUUUCAUAACUUUCUGAUUGUGUUCAUUUUACAGUUGUUAAAAUCAUCAAAAUGUUACAGGAACAUGUUUGUUUUUCUAUUGUUUAUUGGUGUGAAAAGAGCAUCACACUAAAUAUGAGGUGUGUAUAAAAUGUUGUUUUGUUGCCUUCCUAUGUAUUAUGCAAAUGUAUUUCACCAUUGUGUAUAAAGUGACAUAUCAUGGACCUUUGAUAAAGCCUUUAUUAAAUUGAGUGAAU